UUCUUAUUGGCGGGUGAAGAAGACCCUCCAUAUUUUUGUUUACUAGCUCGUGUGUGUACAAUUUCAUGCUUCCACGUUUUGACAGAAAUUAUUUCGCAUUUUCGUUUCAUCAAAUUCUUGGUGUCGUUCUCUACAGAGGUUUAUCUGAUGAAUAUUUUCCCCGGGAAAGGAAGGUCCUUACAAGCAGACGGUAUCUUAAAUCUUUCCGUUUCACUUGCACCUGCACUUGCAGAGAUUGGGUCAAGAAGUCGUCACACGCCUAAGAUUUUGCAGCCAAAGCUGUGAGAAUAUUCUGCGACACAGAACUAACCAUUGAUUCAAGUUUCGACUCCCAGACGAGAUUACCAGUAGAGACAACCUGGGAUUGCUGCUGAUAAAGGUGUGUUAGCCUGAGAUGUCAGUGGUGGGAAUAUCUCAAAGUAAACAACAGGUUGAUGACGUCAAGGUCAAGGUCAAGGUCAAUGGAGAGUUUGAGAUAAACCAUAAUAACAGUGCCAUCAAUAUAGCAGAGAAACCAACACAGGAGAUGUCUGUCCCUACUAGCAAUGGACCCGAGGGAUCUCGAGAUAUGGAUGACGUGAUCCACAGUCAGAAGCUGUGGGCUGUAGGGAGGUCGGAUCCCGUUCGGCUGCGGAUGUCGGAGAGAGGAGCCGGAGCAGCCAAGCCCAUCACCGUCCCUUCACUGCUGCGUCAGGUAGCACAGAAAAUACCCAACAACACAGCUCUAGCUGUGAAACGCAAUGGGGAGUGGGUGCAAUGGACGUAUAGACAGUAUUAUGCUGAUAUAUGUCGCACGGCCAAGGCUUUUAUCAAGCUUGGCUUGGAGCCCGGCAGUGGUGUGGGGAUAAUUGGCUUCAACUCUCCCGAAUGGUUUUUGGCUGAUCUCGGAGCUAUAUUUGCAGGUGGCCUGGCUACCGGAAUCUACACAACCAACACGCCUGAGGCAUGCGAGUUCGUAGCAAGUGAUGCCAAGAUUAACAUCAUCGUGGCCGAAAACAACCAGCAGUUGCAGAAAUUCAUCAAGGUCAAGGACAAACUACCUCAUCUCAAGGCCAUCAUCCAGUACAGUGGAGAGAUUGCCCACAGAGAGUCCUUUAUGUAUUCAUGGGAAGAUUUCAUGAAGAUGGCAGACGAUGUCCCGGACUCAGAGUUGGAAAACAGAUUGAAGAAUCUCGCCCCAAACAAAUGUUGUACUCUUAUAUACACAUCUGGGACAACAGGGAACCCUAAGGGCGUCAUGUUGAGUCAUGAUAAUCUCACAUGGACGGCCAAAGCAACAGGUGAUAGCAACAAGCUCAGGUUUGGAGAGGAGAUUUCAGUCAGUUAUCUCCCCUUGAGUCACGUGGCAGCUCAGGUGUUGGACAUUUACCUGUCGAUAUCAUUUGGAGGUUCUGUCCACUUCGCUCAGCCUGACGCUCUCAAGGGAACACUAGCCCAGACACUGAAGGAUGUCCGGCCCACGACUUUCUUUGGUGUCCCACGAGUCUGGGAGAAGAUGAUGGAGAAAUUGAUGUCCAUUGGCAAACAGACCACUGGAUUGAAGAAGAAAAUCUCCACCUGGGCGAAGGGAGUCGGUCUGAAAGGAAACUACAAUAUUCAGAAUGGUCAUUCGAAGCGAGGAAAGACAUGUAAACAACGUUCUGGAUUGCCUUUUGGAUGGGGUAUUGCGAAUGCUGUGGUAUUCGCAAAAGUUCGCGCAGCUCUUGGAUUUGAUCGCUGCAGGUUUUUUAUCUCUGGAGCGGCUCCCAUCACCAGGGAGACCUUAGAGUACUUCCUCAGUCUCAACAUUCCAAUAGCGGAGGUGUACGGCAUGAGUGAGUCCACAGGUCCACACACCUUUGGCCGCAAUGGGGCCGAAAACCGCAUAAUGAGUGUUGGUUUUGAGUAUGGUGGCACUCAGACCAAGCUUGCAAACAUCGACAGUGAUGGCAAUGGGGAGAUCUGCAUGUAUGGCCGCCAUGUGCUGAUGGGCUACCUGGAGAACGAAGAGAAAACCAAGGAGACUAUGGAUGAAGAGGGCUGGCUACACAGCGGAGACAUCGGGAAGAAGGAUAAAGAUGGCUUCCUCUUCAUCACCGGGAGAAUCAAAGAAAUAAUCAUCACAGCAGGAGGCGAGAACAUUGCACCUGUGCCCAUCGAGGACGCGGUGAAGGAGUGUAUCCCGGCCAUUAGCAACUGUAUGUUGAUAGGAGACAAGAAAAAGUUCCUCGCUAUGCUGAUUACUCUCAAGACGGAGGUUGACCCAGACACCCUGGAGCCUCUGAACCAACUGACCUCUCCAGCCAUGGAGUGGUGUAGGGCGGAAGGGAGCACAGCAACCACUGUCAGUGACAUCCUCGACCGACCGGACACGGCAGUCCUCAAGGCCAUCCAGGCAGGCAUCGACAAGGCCAACAGCAGGGCUGUUUCCAGAGCAGCCAAAAUCCAGAAAUGGUCCAUCCUACCUAAAGACUUCUCGAUACCCGGAGGAGAGUUAGGUCCGACCAUGAAACUUCGCCGUCCAAUUGUCGCAAAGAUGUAUCUAAAAACAAUAGAUGCUUUCUAUGCAGAGAAAUAAUACCACUUCAAAACAUCUGUCCUGUGCAAUUGACUCCCACCAGAAUGAACAAAUAACAGUGCAAGUGAUCAAGCCAUGACACCAUCAUGUGUAUAGGAGUACGUUAAGGCCAUUUACACUCGGAUCUUCAGCAACAGCAAGCAUACUGUCCUACAUAACAGCUGAAGAAGAAAAAAUGCCUGACUAAGGUGCAGAAGUUCGGAUGAGUAGAAGGAAGAGUGUUAAUGAUACUGUCACAGGGCAUUGAAGACUGCAGACCAUUCCACUCUCACGUGGAGCUGGCAUUGUUAAUCAGGAUUAAUUACCAUAAUUAUCCACUCUUUCUUUUUAAUACAGUCUCUAGAAUCAUCCACACUCACGCGUGUUCUGAUGGAGAAGUAAUUUGUCUACACGUAGCAUGUGACAUCUCUUAAGACAGCCAGCCUGAGUAAAUGCAGUUUCAUCACAUCCUUACAUAUCACGUCCUAAACUCUACCAUUUUGUUUAUGCCCGAUACCGUUUUUUGACAUUUACAGACUUGAAUGUUGUUUCACAAAAUCAAAUAAAAAUCAUACGCAAACUGAUCUUGCACUAUAAACGUUUUACGGAUUAAUAUAAAAAAAACCUAGCUUCUAAAAAUCAGACAUGUUUACUACUCAAAACAUGUUAAAGAACACCCACAAUUGGAAGGCUGUGUGAUGCAAUACCCACCAGCCAUGAGAGAUUAUCUAUAGUCGCAGGAAAAUAAAUUGGGUGAUCUUUAACUUCUUUUGAGUAGCAUAUAUUAGAUGUUAGAGCUUUCACUGUUGUGGACUACAGUGUAUGAAUGGUAUGCUGGGGAACAGCUGUUCCGAAUCCCAUCAUGCAUCCCAACAAAUCAGUGGAUCACACAUAUCGCAGUCAGUCCAUCGUUAGCAGACACUCCAAGCUUAAGCAGGAUUCUAAAAUGUGAACCUUGUUAUUGUUUGAGGAUUCCAUUGUUUUGUUUUUGUUUGACUAUUCAGUUGAUGUUCGCUCAUCAUUUCUGUACGAGUGAUAAUCAAAUGCAAAGGUUUUUGUAUUGAGUGAAUUGUCAAACUGUUUCGUUAGUGGUUGUACAAGACAUUUCCAAACAAGGGCACAAUUUGUUCAUCGUUAUAAUGACCAUAAAUAGUUGUCCCGUUUCAUUAUGUUCAAUAUCAGCCCAUUAUUCCUGUCACGCUGAAUUCUAUAGAUCUGCACUGUUAAACAAAGAAACAUAUCCAAGUAUAGGCCUGUCAUGUCAAGGUCAACUGUCUUGGCCAACAUAUAGUUUAAUCAAACUAUGAACUUUUAUCAUAUUUAGUCAUCAAAGUUUUAAGAAAACAACUAAAAACCUAUUUACAAACAAAUUUAUGGAAUAGAUUAUAUUGAUAUCUCCCCAAUAUAUUUUGUACAAUGAAAAUAUGGAAAUUAAAAAUUAUUCAUGUAUGAAAAUACAGUUGUCAACAACACUCAUUGUAUUAAACAUUUUCCUUGUAUAUGAAACACAUUGUACGUGAUGAGUUUGAAAGUCGUUGGGGACUGAAUUAUUUGUGCAUAAUAUGUGCGUGGCUGAAUUAUUUUUAGAUUGAUUUUUUAUUCUUUUUUGUACAUUUGAUUGAGUAAAAUCAAAAUCAGUUUAUAAGGAUUUAUUUGGAGAUUGACUGGGGUCUUUGUUGUUUAAAUUUUAGUAUGAAUAUGGUUUAUAUUUUGUUGCUUGUUGAAUUACAAUAUACAGAGAAAGAAGCUACUGCUUUGCACAAUACAAUAUUUUUGGUAUUGUCCAUUUCUGGUGUCGCUGUUGUGAUAUUGUGGGAAUGUUGCUAAAAGAAGCGAAACCGAACUCACUCACUUGUGGUGUUGCAGUUUAUUCUGCCAAAUGUGAUGAUGGCAGAGAGGAAGGUAUCACAUCCUCACAGAUAGACUCGCUAACAAUUGAUCAAUCAAUAUUAAAUUCAGCUAAAUAAGAAUGUUUCUCCAAAUUAUUGAUAUUUCAUCAAUAAUUUGUUAUUCUACGAAGAAGUGUGAACAGUUUGUGUUAUUGAUUGAAGGGGACACAAUUUGUACUGCAAUAAUUUUUAUCAUCAUUUGAAUCUCAGGCAGUACUCUGGACUAAUUAUUAUGAUUGUUGCGAUUUAUGAGAAUAGAAUUAUAAAUAUGAAGUGUUCACGAACAUCAUCCCAUUGCAUUCCAGUCUAGCUUCUCAUCAGGAAGUAAUAUCUUGAAUAUUUUGUAUGUGCAUAAUCUCAUAUUCUCAGUAUAUAUAUAAUUUAGAGAAUAUGGUAUAACUUUAUUUACACAAAGCUCAUUAUUGACCACAUUGUAUAAACAGUAGGGAUUAGUCUGAUGAUGUUUGAAUUUUUGUUGUUGAAUAAUAAACUGCAGUAUGACUAA